UAUAUACAGACACAGAUGAUGAUAUUUAAAAAUGGCCGGCGGAGCAGUUCGCGCGAGUAAGACCGCUUUGCGAUAUCUUCUUGGAACGUGCGUAUCUUCCUCCAAACAAAAUGCUGCCAAAGUGAGAAUAUCACAAUUGGAAUUCAACGAUCAUAUUCAUAUGUAUUACAAAAAGUAUGAUUUUAUUUAUGCCAAUGAUCCAGAGAAACUGAGCAAGACCGGCGAUGUAAUCUUGAUCAAAGAAUUACCAAACAAAAUAACACGUCUGAUUACACACGAAGUUAUUGAAGUGAUAUAUCCUCUAGGUGACAUAACGGAUCCAAUUACAGGAAAGAAAAUUGUUGUAAGUCAAUAUAGAGAGGAUAUAGAAGAAGCCAAUGAAUUGUAUGGCAAUGAAGACUCUGUCUUUGAUUAUUCAAAAGCACCAAAAAGAGGAAAAGUGGAGGGUAUAAGAGAUUUCACUCAUAAGAAAAUGUAUUUGAAAUAUUAUGAAGAUCCUAAUGAUCCACAACCAGAUACAAUAUACUAAUAGGAUAUUUGUUGUAUACCAUCCGAAAAAAAAAAGAUUAAUAAGUAUUCAAUAAAUAUUAAAUAGAAAAAUGA